GCGACGACGGAAGUAGGUGGCCGAGGCCUGGCCAUGUGUCCGACUAGCCUUUUCUCUGCCUUGCUUGCGUGAGCUUCAGCAGAAUUCGGAGAUGGCUGGUGGUAAGGCUGGGAAGGACUCCGGAAAGGCCAAGACAAAGGCGGUUUCCCGCUCCCAGAGAGCCGGCUUGCAGUUCCCAGUUGGCGGUAUUCAUCGACAUCUGAAAUUUAGGACAACCAGCCAUGGUUGUGUGGGAGCUACCGCCGCCGUGUACAGCGCAGCCAUCCUGGAGUACCUCACCGCAGAGGUACUUGAAUUGGCAGGAAAUGCAUCAAAAGAUUUAAAAGUAAAACGUAUUACCCCUCAUCACUUGCAACUUGCUAUUCGUGGAGAUGAAGAAUUGGACUCUCUCAUCAAGGCUACCAUUGCUGGUGGUGAUGUCAUCCCCCACAUCCACAAGUCUCUUAUUGGGAAGAAAGGACAACAGAAGACUGUCUAAAGGAUGCCUGGAUUACUUGUUAUCUCAGGACUCUAAAUACUCUUUAACAGCUGUCCAGUGUUGGUGAUUCCAGUGGACUGUAUCUCUGUG